AUGGUGAAACCAAAGUACAGACGCCAUGGGUUCGUCUCAAAAAAGCAGAAGGAGAGAUAUGAUAAAGUAUCUGCAGGGCAAUUGACUCGAUGGAUUAGGGGAGCUAUCCUUACAGACCACAAUUACUCCGCCAGUGCAACCCCUGUCAGCGUUGAUCACGAUCACGAAUUGCCAAAUUUGAAUAUACUGGAAAGAGAGGAGGUGGUGGAUGGGGAAGAAGUGACUACAUCUGAGGAUUGGAAGGAGGGGAGGAGAGUAGUAGAACUUGGAGUGUUAGCUGAGGGCUUGCGGGGAUGUUGUAAAUGUGGCUUACCAUUACAACUUUCACACACUAUUUCUGUGUUGACAUAUGGUUUAGCUUCUUUGUUAAAGGUCUGUUGCAGCAAUACAAAGUGUAAUCAUAUUAACCAUGUAAAAACGGGGAAAAAACAUGGAAGAGUGUGGGAUGUAAAUACAAAGCUAUCAGCAGCAAUUGUACAUGUUGGUAUUGGUGCAACACAAGUCAACAGUCUCCUUUCUGAGCUGAAUAUACCACCUGUAAGCCAUGCCAUGCUGGACAAAAGACAGAAAGAGAUAGGCAGAGCUGUUGAAGAUAUUGCUGCAGAGUCUAUGUCUGAUGCUUUGCAGAAGGAACUGGAAAUGAUGAAUGAAGAGAUGAACGAAAAUGGACUAGUUGUUGCUGUAGAUGCUGGAUGGCAAAAACGGGGUAGCGGAAAGACAUAUGAUAGUUUAUCAGGUCAUUGUUCCAUGGUUGGUCCUCUCUCCGACAAAGUAUUGUCAUACUCUCUGAGGUCUAAGAAUUGCAGAGUAUGCAGUGUAGCUGAAUCAACCAACAAGAAUCCAGCAGCCCAUGAGUGCUCAAAGAAUUGGGAGGGUAGUUCAAAGGCCAUGGAGGCAGAUAUGGUUAUUGAGAUGGUCCAAGAUCUACAGAAAAGUAAAGGAAUAACCAUUGAUGGAAUCAUUGGAGAUGAGGACUCUACCACUAUUGCAAGACUGAAAGCUUAA